AUGGUGGUGACAACGAGCACCCCGAUCGGGGGAGCAAGUGGGGGUCAUGUGAUGGGAGCAAAUAUGCACACGUACAAACCACGUACACCACGACGUGGGAUCGCCGAUCGGGACGAGCGCAAAGUGCCCGGUUUCGGAAAGCUGAUGGUGGUCAGUGCGGAUAUAAAUUACGAUGAAACGCUCGCGCCGGAAGUCGGAAGCGUUGGUGGCAGUGAUGGCAACAACAAUCGCGUGCGGAAGGUGUCGGGUUACGGUGAAGAUGAUGGCGGGGAUGCUGGUGUGACCCAGUUGAGGUCGAAGUUUGGUUCCGGUGAGCAACAAGUGGUCGCGUCCAAGUGGCCAGACGGCAUGGGGGGCGAAGGGGAUGGGGCGGGUGUCUAUCGGUUCGGUGAGGCAAGUGAAAGGGGUGUUCCUGCCGCCUGCUCGUCCGGGGUCAUCAUUGGGAAGCCGGUCAAUCUGAUGCUGUCGAAGAUGUCCCUGCUGUGGAACACGAGCGGAUGGCUCCGGAUUUAUUGUGGCCCGGAUCGGAGCGAAAUCAGCUCGGAGGAUCGAAGCCGAAUGAUCCACGUCGUAACGACCGCGACCACUCUCGACGUGGUCAAAGAUAUGAACCUGCCAGGAGACUAUACACUAUGGGUUCAGAUCGGCGGCGGACGGACGCGCCGGCUGGAGGAGAACGAGUACCCGCUGCUGGUGCAGGAGGAAUUCCUGAAGUCGCUCGGCUACUUCGACGAGUCGCGGCGCGCCCGGCUCGGCAUCGACCCGGAGCUGAAGCACCUGAUCCGGUUCCACGUCGGCCCGGCCGAGAUACCGAUGUGCAAGGGCGUGCUGCGCUCCGGCACGGUCGAGGUGCUCAAGGGUCUGGUGUUCCCGCAGUGGCGCCGGCGUCAUCUAGCGGUCGUUGGCAGCAAGCUCAUCCUCUAUCCCGGUAACGCCUCGUUCCCACCGGAAGUGUACGAGCUGGCCGGGGCCAACGUGUUCGAGCAUGCACCCUGCGACAACCGGUUGGUGAUCAAGAUCGUCCCGAAGAGUGGCAGUGGCAGCACUUCAAGCGACAGCGCCAGGGAUAGUCUCGAUCGUGGUUCGUCGAUCGCCAGCGUCGACUUCAUCGAUUGCUCCGGGACGAUGGGAGUGUAUCCCGGUUCGAUGACGGCGGUGUCCAGCUCGAACUCCAACUCCGGCGAACGUGAAACGGUGCUGUUCCUUGGCUUUCGCGAGUCUUGGGAACGCGAUCAGUGGAGUAUUUGGCUCUCGGUGGAUGAACCCGAUCGCAGCACCAGCCUGCGGUUGGAUCUGGGCGACUCGGGGCUGCAGCAAAUCCCGGACAUCUUCCUGCAAGCCCCGAACGCCGUCGAGGAGCUGCUAGCGGGUCGCAAUAAGCUUCAGGAGAUCGCCCUGCGCGCGCUCGGGCAGUUUACGUACCUGAAAGUGUUACGACUGGACGGAAAUGGGCUUAAGGAUUUUCCCGACAGUCUGUACAACCUGCGUAACCUGCGGUUGCUGGAUUUGAGCGAGAACGAGAUACGAAAGCUGCCGGAUACGAUAAGUGCGCUUAAAAACUUGGAGGAGUUUUCCAUCGAAAGGAAUGAGCUAAGGGAGCUGCCCGACAGCUUGAAGGGCUUGAGCAGCUUGCGAGUGCUGAAUGCGGCCUUCAACCAGCUCGAGAAACUCCCAUCCUUCAUGGUGAACAACAUGCGUUCGAUGAGUUUGUUUCAAAGAAACGACUCACUUCGAAAUGGACACUUGCAGCUACGGGAGGUGGUGUCCCAGAAGGGUGAAGAGAAGCCGGAUGUUCCUCUGACGAAGGUCAACCUGAGAGGAAACCAACUGAAAGGCAGCAUCAUACUGGGGAACUAUGGGCUACUGACGCAGUUGGAUGUGAGUGAAAAUUCGAUCGAAAUUAUGGACUUAUCGGCGUUGGACAAGCUGGAGACGAUACAAUGCUGCCGGAACAGCUUGCGAGAGCUAACGCUUAGUGGACGGAACCUACAUUCGUUGAUCGCUGGCAACAACAAUCUCACCAAGAUCACCGUCCGAGCGACUCCUACGCACCUCAAGCACAUGGACCUCAGCCACAACUGUCUUCAGGAGCUACCGGAUUGGCUCGUCGGAUGUCACCAGCUGCGAACGUUGUACGCGAACAACAAUCAGAUCCACACCAUCUCCGAGCAUCUGCUGAACAACGAACAUGCCACAAUCCAGACCCUUCAUCUGGCGUACAACCGGUUGACCAGCUUCCCGCCGAUGGUCAAACGCAAGCUCCCACUCCAGAAGCUCUACCUACAGUGCAAUCUGAUUGAGGAUCUGCCCGAAAACUUCUUCAUUGCUUGCGAGCGCUUGACGAUCCUUAAUGUGUCCAGCAAUAAGCUGAUGACGCUGCCGAUCAUCUUCGGGUCCAACUGUAGCUUGGAGCGGCUGUACGCCACCAACAACGCGUUGACCGACCGGGUGCUGGAUUCACUCAUCUGUCUACCCCGGUUGCGUGUUCUUCACCUCGGGUACAACCUGCUAACCACGAUGCCUGAAACGUGUAUCGCUUGUUGGGGAGAUCUGGAGGAGCUGGUAAUAUCCGGAAAUAGGCUUCGUCAUCUUCCAGAGAAUCUGGCCAACAUGGCAAAUUUGAGGGUCCUGCGAGUCCACUCGAACCAGCUGCAGACGGUGCCGUCUCUCGGACGGACCAUCACCCUAAGGGUACUAGAUUUGGCGCACAACCAACUGGAUAAGGUCAACAUCGUCUCGCUGGUCCCGAGGAACCUUCAGUUUUUGGACCUCUCCGGUAACAAGCAGCUCCAGGUGGAUGCCCAACAGUUGCAGGCCUGCCGCACCCAUCGACCGAUGGCGCUGGUUGAUGUGUCCGGGAAGAAUCGUCCUUCGCUGCCCACCACACCGCUCCCCUACCAGGAACACGAAGAUUACGAACCCUGCUGGAAGGUAGGCUUUGCGGAAACCAGCGGAUGCCUUCCGAAGCUCUACAUCGCUCAACUCCGCCUACCCGGGUUCUGCAACUCCGAGGGCCUGUUUGGGCUGUUCGACGGUGAAACGAGUAACGCCGUACCGAACCUGCUGGUGAAGGCCAUCCCGAAGAUUCUGCUCGAGGAGCGCACGGUUAAGGAGACGGCAAACGAUUACAUGAAGUACACGCUGCUCUCGGCCCACCGGGAACUGAAGCAGCGGGGUCAGCAGGAAGCGGUCAACGUUACCCUGUGCCACAUAGCGCGGAGUCGCGUACCGACGGAGACGAUGAGUUACCUACCGCAGGCCGUCGCCGGGGGACGGAAGUUCAUACUGCGUGUCGCAACCGUUGGCGAGAGUUCGGCGGUGCUGAUCAAGCACAACCGAUGUGUGCUACUGAACAAGGGGAACCCGGCGAGGAAGCUCGGUCUGAGUGCAAACUUCCCCGUCACCGUGCCGGAUCCGGAAGUACAAGAGGUGGUGCUAACCGACGCCGACGAGUAUCUGGUGUUGGGAAACAAGAAACUCUGGGAGGUCAUCACGAUGGAGACGGUGGCGGAGGAGAUCCGCAAGGAGGAGAACAUACUGCUGGCGGCGAAGCGCGUUCAGGACAUUGCCCAGAGCUACGGUGCGGAGGAGAACCUGAGUGUGAUGAUCGUGCGCUUCAACAACCUUGGCACGGAUGUGGACUUUCUGAUGCGUGAGCUCCGGCAGACGAUUCGCAAGAAGCCCACCCUCGCCCCGAGUGGGAGUGUGAUUUCGGGGUUCUGUAAAUGCGGUUGCUGCUGCGAGACGAACAACAGCUGCUGUCAUUCGGCCGCCGCUUCCGCCGUGCAGUUCGUGCGACAUCCGUCGGGAAGAAGCGACCGCUCGUCGCCCAGUGGACAGAGCGAUCAGACGAGUGGUAGCGAAACGGUACGAUCGAAGGGGAUCGCCGAGUCACUGGCACUCUCUGCAGCUGGCACGGGAUCGUUGGUUAGUAGACGACCGAACGCCACCUACCUGGCGAACGAAAGGCGUAGUCUUCGAGGGGGAGUUGUUCGCGCGGUUCGAGCCCGAAUCGAGGAGGAGAAGGAAAAGGAAGGGAUGGACGAGUCCGAUUCGGCCAUGUCGGAGGAACAGUUCAAAUGCUGGGAGUACAUGCUGGAGCAGAACACACAGCUGCUCUUCGACAAGGAGCUAAACACUAUCUCGCGGGGAUUCGUCGGGAAGCGUCAGAUGGCAGGGAACGUGGGAACCACUUCCGAUUCCGGCACCAACUCAUCUUCCUCCAUUGGGAGUAACCUCACCAAGUUGCAGCUGAAACACCUUUCCACCAGCUCCCCUCAGCUGGCCCAGCUGGAGAGCGACAGUGGGCUCAACUCCUCGACAGCGAGCGGAUAUAGCGCAACCGGACUGAUGACCACGGCCCGGGCAACUCCGUUCCUCUCGAAGCAGUUCGGUUCAACGCGCUCCUUCCAUCCGGCAUCAUCCCAGAGCUACUUCAAACCAAUCCAGUACAACACCGCUGCCUCGACCCGACCCCGUCCCAUCAACACCGGUCCGAAUGCGGCCUACUUCGGGUCCCUGCAGCGCCUGAUGCCGUACAACCUGGAGUACGACAUGGGCGCGGUUCAGGAUCGGUACGGUUCGAACGGGAACAUCAUCGAAAGCAGCACCCUCGAGCUGGACACGAUCGAUCCGGACGGUGGCCGGAUGCGGCAGUACUGGGGUGUCGCCACGACCGAGCUGUAA